CAUCCGGACCGUCGCUCCGUAGCAAGGACUGACUAUCUUGCUACGUGGUAAAAUAAGUCUGAAAACGGCCUGGCCGUUCUAACCAAGCAAAACAAAAAAUCUAAAUGUGGGGAAAUUCGGGGAUCGCUGAAGCUUCUACACUUUUUCAACUUCAACUCUAUUUCACCCUAUCCUUUAAUAUAUUAAGCGUUGUUAGUUUCCUGAGCAUUUCCUCCUCCUAUGUUGGCUUAUUCUCAUCAUAUUCAUUUUCCAUUUUAAAUUCUGCCAUUGACGGUGGUUCGAAUUCGAGGAAAUGUCAUGAUACUGUAAUAGUGUUAUGAUAUGGUUUUAUGUUUGUUCUUUUUUUGUAUUUUUCUGUUAAUGAAAUCUUGAAGUUGCCAAUUUUUUUUUUAAUUUUAUUAACAUGCAAUUGAUCUUUAAAAAUAACAUUAGCAUACUGAAAUUCAUAUAUGUCACCCUGUGACCUGCGAAUGGCUGUCAAGAUCACCUCUUGUGUGUAUACCUAGAGAAAAAAAUAUGAAAUCGAAAUGUCAAACGGUUUAUUGGUACGUAAACAAAAAGAACGCCAGCGUCCAAUUCAGUUGCAAAUAUUUCGUUUACAAAAUGCAUAAGGCAUCGCAGUUUGAUAAUAAAUUUAUCGAUCACAAUCUUAGGCGAUGUGUUAAAGUGCUAUUUCCCGUUGUACCUUUGCGGAUAAACAUCGAGAGUGUUGCAAUGCGCAAACAGCAAAUGUUUUACAUAUUAGUUGAGCAAAUUGAUCUUCAAAAUCUGAUACAAAUAAGAAUGACUCAAGUAAACGAUCAUUCCAGAAUGUUCAUUAGCACCAUCGACAACGCAUCAUACGAACAGAUAAGAACAGAACAAUCGCUGCAUGUAACAUUCCAAGGGUUUGUUGAUCAUCUAAUCAAAAUUCUUGAUAGUUGCAAACGAGAAGAGCUACAUCUAGCUCUGGUAACGGAAAACAAUAGCCAUAUGUUGCAAAUUUUCGAAAAGAGCUCAUUCAAAAAUUUAACACAUUUGUUACUUGCAAUGGAAAAUGCAUCAACCGAAACUGUACUUUUUCACAUUAAUCAAUCACUUCAAAUGCUUCAAGAACAGACAUCUGCAUACUCCUUACAAGUGCAGAAGUAUCAGACUGAGAUGAGUUCAAAAAAUGAUACUAUCAGCAAAAUGCAGGAAGAAAUGAUAUCCUUAAAUGGGAAAAUAAGGGAGCAAGAAAAUUUGAUAUUCAACAGAAACACUGAAGAAGUUAAUCGUCUGCAUCAAACUAUUAAAAAUUUAAACGAAUGCAAGGAUGCGGAAGAAAAGCGAUUGAAAUCUAUACUUCAUAGCAUGCAAGAGAAAAUUGACCAACUGACGCAGGAAACUUACGAGCGCACAGAACGUAUGGUGCAGGAAACAAAACGUUUUGAGAUCAUUCGAGAAGAUAAUGUAAAGCUUCGAGGCCAAAAUGCACAAAUCAAGGAAGAAUUGGAACGAUUACAGGCCAGCGUUUCAUCACAGCAGAGCCGCGAAUCUAGAUCCGAGAUUACUGUUGCAGAAUUAAAACGUCAACUGAGCGAAAUGCAGAGCAAACUAAAGAUUGCCCAAAAGCAACGGUCGGAAUUGGAAGCUGAAUUAGAAGCAGAGAAAAAUAUAUGCCACACUAAAAAGCAUGCGUUGCAAUUAACGACCGAUGAACUUGCAAACGCCUCAUCGGUUAUCAAUAAACUCAACAAGGAAAACGUCAAACUGCAAAGCAAAAUCGAUCUACGUACCGAAAUAGCGAUGCGUCAAGAGAAAAUGCUGCUCGAAAAGGAAAAACAAACUAUGGAACUGAGCAAUACAUUAGUAGCUAUACAGCAAGAACAUGUGAAAAAUAAAUCUUGUAACGAAGAGUAUGCAGAAACGGUCAGACGCCUCAAGGAAACAACGGAUCUAAUAGAAGAGAAGUACCGAAAAAAAAUUAACGACAUGAUACUGAGAAUGACAAACAAUCAGCCCGUUGAAGGAACGUCCGUGUUGGGCUUUCAAGGAAGAAACUUACGCCCUCAGAAUAAAGUAGAAUAAAGAAUACAUUUUGUUUAUAACGCAUGCUAACGCACUUUAAAAAAUACUAGUUAUUAG